GGCCCCGCCGGCACGGCCCCAGCGCCGCCGCGGAGCCAUGUUGCGCGGCCUGGGCAGCUGGCUGGGGCUGGAGCGGGCGGGCGAGGAGCAGCUGCUGCCCGCCCGGAGGAGCGACCCCGCCGAGCAGGAGCAGGAGCAUGAGGAGGAGGAGGAGGCAGGGCCGGCCGGGCAGGAGCAGGAGCAGGGCGAGCUGGACUCGGAGGCGCUGCUCAGCCAGGCCAAGGGAUUCGGCAGUUACCUCUUCAAUUUUGCCUCUGCUGCUACAAAAAAGAUAUCUGAGUCGGUUGCUGAAACAGCACAGACAAUAAAGAAGUCUGUAGAAGAAGGAAAAAUUGACAGUAUCAUCGAUAAGACAAUUAUUGGAGAUUUUCAGAAGGAACAGAAGAAAUUUGUCCAAGAGCAGCAAACCAAAAAAUCAGAAGCAGCAGUGCCUCCCUGGGCAGACAGCAAUGAAGAAGAGACAAUUCAACAACAAAUACUGGCUUUAUCAGCAGAUAAACGGAAUUUUCUGCGGGAUCCUCCAGCAGGUGUGCAGUUUCAUUUUGACUUUGAUCAAAUGUACCCUGUUGCACUGGUCAUGUUACAAGAAGAUGAGCUUCUCAAUAGGAUGAGGUUUGACCUUGUUCCCAAACAUGUAAAGGAGGAGGUGUUCUGGAGAAAUUAUUUCUACAGGGUGUCCCUAAUUAAACAGUCUGCACAACUCACAGCACUUGCAGCUCAACAGCAAGCAGCAGGAAAGGAGGAGGGCAAAGGCAGAGAAGAGGACAGUGAACUGAAAGAAACAGUACGGCCAAAAGCACCGCCUGUUACAAUAAAGCCUCAAAUAAAAUCACAAGAGGAUGAGGAAGAGAUUUCCACAAGUCCGGGUGUAUCAGAAUUUGUGAGUGAUGCUUUUGAUACCUGUAAUCUGAAUCAAGAAGACCUAAGAAAAGAAAUGGAACAACUAGUGCUAGACAAAAAGAAAGAGACUUCAGAAGUAGAAGAAGAAACUGCUGAUUGGGAAAAGGAAUUACAACAAGAGCUUCAAGAGUAUGAGGUGGUGACAGAAUCAGAAAAGCGUGAUGAAAACUGGGAUAAAGAAAUAGAAGAAAUGCUGCAAGAAGAAAAUUAAACAUUUUCACCAUAAAAUCACUAUAACCCAAAGCUCUUUUGGAGGACUGACGUGGAUUUCUGCUUUCAUAUUUUGCUUACAAAAAUAUCUUCAGAAGACAUAAAAGAAUCUAAAGUCAUUAUAAUUCCAUAUGGGAAUACAACCAGUAUUUCUGUUCUUUAUAUGAGCAGUUUCUGAACUUCUAUAUUCUUCAAAAGAAAAAAAAAAGAGGAAGCAGAUACUGCAGGUUAUAAUUAAAAGUGGUAACAUUAAUACAUGAAGCAGUGGUUCAGUUUGAGGCAUUUUUAGGUGAUCAAGAAGCUCUUCAAAGAGAUUUCUAAAUCUAAGAAUUGCAAUUUUUUUUUGUCCACAGCCUUCUGUUUGGGAUGUAAAAAUGGAUGUUGUAAGUAACUUAGUCCUUGACAACAAUUCUCUCAUGCUAUUUGCACUCUGAUCCAUGUAUAAUCUGUAAAUGUGUACUAUUUUUCAGGUACUUAUAGUUGGUAGAUUUCACAUGUAUUUAACUUCCUUAAUGUAUGUAGCCAAAGAAUUUAUAGAAAACCUUAUCGAAUAACUUUCAAGGGUUUGGUAAAACAUACUAAUGCAGAAUCCAAAAGAAGCUGAUUAUUUAUCAGUCAGGCAGCAAAUGUUUAAGCAUUUAAAUUAGUAGAGUUAGUAACUGCUUGAAUUAAAUUUGGGUUUGUUAAUCAUAUUGAGAUACUGCCUUUCCCCACAGAGAGAAGUGGUUUAAUGCUUUCUUUCUGCAGAAGGCUGUUAUGUUUCCAUUUAAUUUUACUGUCUGAGCUGAGAGCAAAUUAAAUGCUUCUCCUUAAUUUUAAGUGCUGCAACAUUUAUAUGAAAACUUUCAAUGAUUUGUAUAUCUUUAUUAAAUAUUGUAAAUAUGUAUAAAA